AUGUGGGUCAUCCUCUUCCACGACACGCCCCACUUUUGGUUGGUCGGCGGGGAGUCCUACCGCGUCGGCAAGGCGGACUGCCACGUCGUCAUUCAGGGUGACCGCAGCAUCAGCCGCACGCACCUCACCAUCACCGUUGGCUUGCAGUUGUCCACGGGGGCCCGUGAUGCCGAGGAGUGGGGCCCGCAGCCCAUUUCCCUGCUCGACUCAUCCACCUACGGCACCGCCAUCGUAGCGUGCGGAGAGGAUGCCGACGACGCCGAGACACUCGACGACACUCCACCUAACGGAGGUGAUAGCCAUGCCGGCGGUGCCGGGGCUGCGGCGUCACCUGCACUGGAGAUGGGUGUGCUCGGCUUGUGCUACGCCCCCGCUGCGGCCGCUGCAGUAGCGGCAGUCCACAAGCGGCAGCGCUCCGGCUCGACCUCAGGCCGCGGGGCACCCCAGCCUGCUCUGCAGCUGACCAAGGAAGUCCCUUGGGAUGUACCGGUGCAUCGCUCCUCCUGGCACCAGUUUACCAUUCAUCUAGGCCAUCAUGGUGCUGCACUGAAGCUAGUGUGGCUAGACGUGUCGGCCCUGUGCGAGGACGUGAGCGUGGAUGUGCAGCCAAAGCUGUUGCAUGCGCUGCACUGCUGCGGUGUGCGGCAGGAGACUGUCCCUGGAAGCACGCAAACCUUGAGUGCGACCGAGACACAAGGCAGCGCUGUGGGACGCUUGUGCAUUGACGGCAGCAGCCUUUCUCUGAGCCAGCGGUCGGCGGUGGCAGGGACACCUUCGGCGACUCUAUCUCCCACUGCCGUGACCGCUGCUGCUGCAGCUGUUGGCGAAACAACGCUCUCUUCACGCCUUUUACGCUGCUACAACACGGUGAGCUUUCUGGUGACGAGCACGGUGCAGCCCUCGACCGCGGUUGUCGCGAUGCUAUGCAGAGCUGUGCCCAUCGUAACCCCCGCCUUCUUCAUGGCCGUUUGUGACCGCGCCUCGCCGCAGAUUCCGCUACCCGAUCCGUCGCGCUACUUGCCGCCCCUGUCUUCGUGGUGGCGUGACUUCCUGACGCACGUGCGGCCGCCCGCCGACGAAUCGCGCCCCUGUGAGGGCGAUGCCUCGGUGACCGCGUCCACUUUCUCACCCCCCUCCACCACGGUGACAUCGGUGGCAGGCGAGUCAGCCGGUGCAACUGCUGCGGCGUCGCACCUGCGGUACUUCGCCCCACACCCGCAGCGCCGAGAGCUGUUUAGCGGUAUCACCUUUCUCCUCCUCCAGUGGCCGCUGUACGAGGAGGUGCUGAAUUACCUCAACGGCACUGGUGCCCGUGUGGCGUGGGAAGAUGGCGGUAUUCGCGGCCUCUCAGCCCCGCUCCGCGCGUCCACCUCGUCCUCACGAGGGGCGCUUGAGGCGCUACAGUCAUUCUUUGUGCGUCAUCAGCGGCAUGUCCUGCUCUUCAACGAGACAGAGCCGCUGCUGCCAUGGCCAGGGUGCGUGGAUGUUGUGCGGCACGGCCUGAGCCUCUGCAGUGUCGAGUACGGCGCGCUGAUCGAGGCGAUUGUGACGAUGCGGCCCUUGCCACUGCCCCCCUACCCGGCCGACGUGCAGAUGCCGCAGACCUUCGAGGAGGUGGAGGCUCGCGUGGCGGCGGCGACGGCAUUGGCAUCCGCCCCACCCGCGGCCACGGCGCAGGAGGCGGCGGAGGAGCACACGCAAGACGGUGAUGAGAAGGGACGCCGGACUGAUGCGCAGCCGCUCUUCCCGGAGCUGGUGGGAGGCAGGGACGCCGGCGUGGGCCGCGGUGAUAUGUGCGACACUCAUAUCCAUCGAAGACCACGGAAAGAGGACGUAGACGGGUGGGUGAGCUUCGAGCGGCCUGCCACCAUUCCACCCAUGGCCACAGGGCUCUCAACGGACAGCAAGCCCAACGGCAGUGCCAUUGUGCGCACAGUGGAGUUGCUUGUGGGGCCCUACUCCUUGCCCCCCUAUCCCUGCUUCGAGGACCCCAACGCCGCCUCCGUCGAUGCGAGAACAACUGCUGCUACCGGCGUCGGAUUCGCACGCGGUGCGAAGCUUUUUGUGAAGCAGGCGCUUCCUCCAGCUGAACCGCUGGUGGAGCUUGAAGCGCACCGCGCUCGGCGUCAGCUGGCGGCCAGCAUGCUGACAGCUCGCGUGCCCACGGUGGACGCCGAGAAUGUCGUGCCAGAGCAGGUGGUGAUGGGGAACGGCGGGCUGGCGAGUCGCGUUGCGGAGGCGGCCAGUGCUGCCUUUAACGCCUUCGACACCGUGGCGCACCAUGCAUCUAGCAGGCGGAGGGGAACAGCUACACGACGGGGAGGACGCGGUGGCGGCACUUCUGCUGCAGCAACCAGGACACCUGCCGAUCGUCUUCCCCGCGGUGGCAUGGCGCGCGCGGCGAGCCGUCGUCCAGCUGCCAAUAUCGUGUCUGUGGAAGACGAAGAGGAUAUGACGACAGGGCCUGUCGAAGCGACCGCCCCGCGCGGUGGUCGUGGCGGGGACGCGUCCGCCUCGGCCGCGUUUCACAUAUUCGACAUUGACGGGAUCUUCUGA